UUUCAAGUGUGAACUCAUUAAUAUUUGAUGUAGAGACACUGAUGUCAAUCACUACUUCCUUGAAGUUGCUUCAGCUCUUCCUUGCCUUUUCCUCCUUAGCAUAGGAUGCCCCCAACGCACUGUUCCCACUACAAAGAAUGGUGGAGCCAUGCAUUACCUUUAUCUGUGAAUUUUUUUUUUGCCACAAAGUCUCUCUCAGUCAACGGAGUCAACUUUUCAUGUAGCUUUGUUCAAUUAUACAAAAAGCAUCUUUGUUUCACUCUUUGCUCCACAAUCAGUAGCAAGCUCAUUGAUCCUUUUCCCCACCUCACAAAUGGAUUUCUCUCUUUUCCUUACCAUCGUUGCUGCUGCAAUAGGUUUCUUCGUGAUUCGAAGAUUCAGAUUCAAUCCAGAAAACAAUGAAAUCGAUACCUCGUCUUUGUCUCCAUCAUCACCACCAUCUUCUUUAUCUUCUUUGUCUUUGUCUACUUCAUCAACUCCAUCUUCUUUAUCUAUUUCAUCUUCUUCUCCUUCUUCUUCCUCUCAUGUCUGGAUACAUGAUGUCUUUCCGAGCUUCCGCGGGGAAGACGUCCGAAAAGACUUUCUCAGUCACGUUCAAAAGGAGUUUAAAAGAAAGGGAAUCACGCUAUUCAACGAUAAUGGGAUCAAGAGAGGGGAGUCCAUCGGUCCUGAACUCAUACGGGGGAUUAGAGAAUCUAAGAUUGCGAUCGUCUUUCUCUCUAAGAACUAUGCUUCUUCAAAGUGGUGUCUUGAGGAGCUGGCGGAGAUUAUGAAGUGCAGGGAGGAGCUGCGUCAAACUGUGAUGGCCAUUUUCUACAAAGUAGAUCCUUCUGAUGUAAAGAAGCUGACCGGUGAUUUCGGAAGCGUUUUCAGAAAAACUUGCGAGGGUAAAGGUGAGGAGGACAUUGGAAGAUGGAAACAAGCUUUGGAGAAGGUGGCCACAAUCGCUGGAUACCAUUCCUACAACUGGGAUAAUGAAGCAUCCAUGGUCGAAACAAUUGCCAGUGACGUUUCAAAUGAGCUCUUUAAUUUUGUGCCAUCAAGGGAUUUCGAAGUUUUUGUUGGCAUGAGAGCUCAUAUGAUAAAUCUGAAACCGCUGUUGCUCCUAGGCACCAAUGAAGUGAGGAUGAUAGGGAUUUGGGGUCCUUCUGGGAUUGGUAAGAGCACCAUCGCCAGAGUUCUAUUUAACCAACACUCUCAUCAGUUCCCGUUUAGUGUCUUCAUGGAGGAAAUCAAGAUACGUUAUCGGGGACCUUAUUACAAUACGUACAGUGCAAAAAUUCAAUUACAGAAAGAGUUCCUGUCCCAACUAAUCAACCAAAAAGAUAUCGAGAUUCAUCAUUUAGAAGUUGUGUCAAACAGGUUAAAAGGCAAGAAAGUGUUUGUCGUUCUUGAUGACGUGGACCAUUUGUUGCAACUACAAGCCGUGGCGGAAAAAGCUGAGUGGUUUGGUCCUGGAAGUAUAAUUGUCAUCACAACUCAAGAUAAAAAGCUUUUGACUGCUCAUGAAGUUAAAUAUAUUUACGAGGUCGAGCUUCCACCUGACAAAGAGGCUCUUGAAAUUUUCUGCAGGUAUGCUUUUGGUCAAAAGUAUCCACCUGAUGGCUUCAAAGAACUUGCCUGGGAGGUUACAAAUCUUGCUGGUAAGCUCCCUUUGGGACUGAGGGUUAUGGGAUCUCAUUUCAAAGGAAGGCCCAAGCAUGAAUGGGAAGAGGGACUGCCAAGGUUAAGAACUAGACUUGAUGGAGAAAUAGAAAGUACUUUAAAGUUCAGUUAUGAUGCCUUAUGCGAUGACAAUCAAGCUAUAUUUCUUCACUUAGCAUGCUUUCUCAAAGGCGAAUUGCCCGAAACUGUGGAAAGGUGUCUUGAAAAGAAUUUUGUUGGUGUGAAAGGUUGUCUUCGUGUUUUAGCUGAGAAAUCUUUCAUAUACUUCGAGUGGGGAUGUAUAAAGAUGCAUGAUUUGCUAGCACUUUUGGGUAGAGAAAUUGUUCGUAAAAAAUCCAUUCAUGAACCUGGGCAGCGCCAGUUUUUGGUUGAUGCUGGAGAUAUAUGCCAAGUACUACGUGAUGAUGCACUAGGUAGUCGAAAUGUUAUAGGCAUAGAUUUGGUCCUUCCAAAGUUCGAGACAGAGUUGAAGAUAAGUGACAGAGUUUUUAAAAGAAUGCCCAAUGUCCAAUUCUUAAGAGUCAAAUAUCACAGUAAGCCAUAUCCUCACAGCAUAGAUCCCGUGAGAUGUCUGCCCUCAAAUCUAAGAAUUUUGGAUUGGGAUUAUUUUCCGAUGACAUGCCUGCCUUCUAAUUUUAAUCCAGAGUUCCUGGUGAAAAUAAUCUUGACUAAAAGCAACUUCCUUGAGAAAUUGUGGGAAGGAAAUAAAACGAUUAGAAAUCUCAGAUCGUUGGAUUUGAAUGGUUCCAAAAAUCUAAAGGAGCUACCUAAUCUUUCAACUGCCACUAAUCUGCAAAGCUUGUCUCUUUUUGGUUGCUCAAGUCUUACGGAGCUCCCCUUUUCUAUUGGAAAUGCUAUCAAUCUCCGGCGUUUGGAUCUUAGUCAUUGCUCAAGUCUAGUGGAGUUCCCCUCUUCUAUGAAAAAUGUCACUACUCUCGAGCAAUUGCUUCUCUACGGAUGCGUACAUCUAGCUAAUCUCCCACCUUCUAUUGGUAAUCUCAAGAAGUUGUAUCUUCACAAUUGCUCAAGUUUGGUUGAGCUUCCGUCUUCUGUUAGAAAUUCCUUUAAUCUCAAGACUUUUUUUUCUAGUGGUUGCUCAAAUCUUGUGGAGCUCCCUCUGUAUUUUGAUAAUGCCAAUGGUGGCAAGAGAUUGAAUCUUAGUGGAUGCUCAAGUCUACGGGAGCUCCCCUCUUCUAUUGGGAAUAUGACUAAUCUCAUGGAGUUGGAUCUUAGUGGAUGCUCAAGUCUACGGGAGCUCUCCUCUUCUAUUGGGAAUAUAACUAGUCUUGAAAAGUUGUAUCUCAAUGGAUGUUCAAGUCUGGUAGAGCUCUCCUCUUCUAUUGGGAAUAUGACUAAUCUCAUGAAGUUGUAUCUGAGAGAAUGCUCAAGUCUGAGAGAGCUCCCUUCUUCUAUUGGGAAUAUGACUAAUCUUGAAGAGUUGAAUCUUAUUGGAUGCUCAAGUCUUGUUGAGCUCCCCUCUUCUAUUGGGAAUAUGACUAAUCUCAUGGAGUUGGAUCUGAGAAGAUGCUCAAGUCUACGGGAGCUCCCCUCUUCUAUUGGGAAUAUAACUAGUCUUGAAAAGUUGUAUCUCAAUGGAUGUUCAAGUCUGGUAGAGCUCUCCUCUUCUAUUGGGAAUAUGACUAGUCUCAUGAAGUUGUAUAUGAGAGAAUGCUCAAGUCUACGGGAGCUCCCUUCUUCUAUUGGGAAUAUGACUAAUCUUGAAGAGUUGAAUCUUAUUGGAUGCACAAGUCUUGUUGAGCUCCCUUCUUCUAUUGGAAAUAUGGCUAAUCUCAUGGAGUUGGAUCUGAGAAGAUGCUCAAGUCUGGUAGAGUUUCCCUCUUCCAUUGGGAAUAUGACUAGUUGUAAGGAGUUGAAUCUUAAUGGAUGCUCAAGUCUUGUAGAGCUCUCCUCUUCCAUUGGGAAUAUGACUAGUCUUGAAGAAUUGAAUCUUAAUGGAUGCUCAAGUUUUGUGAAGCUCCCCUCUUCCGUUGGGGAUAUGAGUAAUCUCAGGAAGUUGUAUCUCGAAAAUUGCUCAAAUCUAACGGUCCUUCCGAUCAAUAUCAACAUGAAAUCUCUUGAUGAACUUGUUCUCACUGACUGCUCCUCAUUGAAACUCUUUCCCGAGAUUUCCACAAACAUCAGAGUUCUAAAGCUCAGUGGAACUGCAAUAGAAGAAUUGCCUCCAUCAAUCAUGUCAUGGCCUCGUCUACGUGAACUUGUAAUCAAGGGAUGCACGAAGCUGGUGUCUCUUCCGCAGCUUCCGGACUCCUUAGAAUUCCUAGUCGCAGACAAUUGUGGGUCCCUCGAAAGACUCGAUUGCUCUUUUAACAAGAAAAAAUUUCAUGCGCUCAGAUUUGUCAACUGCUUUAAACUGAAUCAAGAAGCAAGAGACCUUAUCAUCAACACAUCGACAAGAGACCUUACAAUUUUGCCCGGAGAAACAGUGCCUACAUAUUUCAGUUACCGAGCCACCGGGAGUUCCCUGUCAAUGACGUGGAAUGGAUUAGAUACAGAGCACUUUCCUACAUCCUUGAGAUUUAAAGCUUGCAUCUUGGUGGUUUAUAAGGGUGAAGUUGAUGCUUAUGAUUGGGGCUGUCCUGAAAUAUGUUGUUGCAUCACGGACGAACUCAAUGGUGUUAAACAUUAUUCUCAUAGAUGGGUCAAAUGGCCUCCAACUUCAGGGGAGCAUCUGUUCGUAUUUGAAAUUGAAGACGCUGUGAGUGCCCCCGAGUUAGUCUUUGAGUUCGAAUACGGCCAAGAAAAUUGGGAGAUUAAAGAAUGUUGGAUACAUCCUCUGGAAACCUUGGCUCCCUCGUGUUAAUGGAACCUGUGAAAAACAAAUCACAUUUUCACUAAAUAACUUCUCUUUAGAAAACCUUACUUUCAAGUUGAUGAGCAUCUUUUGCUCUAUUUUCUCUAUUUGUAUGCAUAUGUCGGGUUUGAGUACGAAACAAAUGUGUCGGCAUAUAUAUGUAAUGCAUGUAUGUGCAUAAUUAUUCAUAAUAAUGAUGCAAUUCCUUUUA